AUAGACACUUUCCUCCUUGUCCCUUUCUGUCACCCCCUUUGCAUCCAGUCUUCCCCCUACCACCCAGCUCCUGUACAACUGCACACACAAAGUCCACCCCUCCCCUCUGCCCUCACCCCUGAAGUUGUUGCCAGCCUGCCCCUCUACCCUAUCCCACCCCCCAUCUGACCAUGGCAUCAGAAGCAGAGAAGACAUUCCAGCGCUUUGCUGUCUUCGGAGACUCUUCCAGCAGCAGCACCGAAAUGAACAACAAGAACUUCGCCAAGCUCUGCAAAGACUGUGGCAUCAUGGAUGGCAAGGCAGUGACCUCCACAGAUGUGGACAUUGUGUUCAGCAAAGUCAAAGCCAAGAAUGCCCGCACCAUCACAUUUUCACAGUUCCAAGAGGCAAUGAAAGAACUGGGCCAGAAGCGCUUUAAGGGUAAAAACCCAGACGAAGCCCUGGAGAACAUUUACAAACUAAUGGAAGGCAAGGAUCCAGCCACCACGGGAGUGACCAAAGCAACCACAGCGGGUGCAGUGGAUCGUCUGACAGAUACCAGCAAAUACACUGGUACCCACAAGGAGCGCUUCGAUGAGAGCGGCAAGGGCAAGGGCAUUGCAGGACGGGAAGAGACAACCGACAACUCAGGCUAUGUGAGUGGCUACAAGGGUGCUGGCACCUAUGACAAGAAGAAGUGAAGAGGACCUUCAUGCCAGCCUGCCAGUCCCCUGAGCCUGCAAACUAACACCAGGGAGCAUGGGAGACAAUAAACAUCUGUGUGU